UAUUUGGUCUUAAAGGUGUUACAAAACGAAGUGCUUUUGUUAUUGAUAAACAAGGUAAAAUUAAAUAUGCUGAAAUACUUGAUGAUCCAGGAAAAAUUCCAAGUUUUGAUAAAAUUAAAGAAACAUUAGAACAAUAUGGAAAAUAA